ACGCUGUCCUCAAGAAUUCGAAGGACUGUAAUGUGGAAGAGGGAUCGAAUGCAUUUUUCUUGUCCCCAGAAGGUAGAAUUAGGAACAGUGGGCGGAAGUUGCAGAGAGACAAAUCUUGGGCCCACUUAAUGAAAAUUAAGAACUCCUUGACACAACUGUCGAAGAGUGGAGUAGGCCGCUUCUGGAUGUGAAAUAAGAGGAAGAAACUGACUAAAUUGAAAAGCAGCCAUGGCGUCAGAUGCUAGUCACAUGCUGGAGGCUGCCCUUGAGCAGAUGGAUGGGAUUAUUGCAGGCACCAAAUCGGCUGCCGAACACAGCAAUGGUGCCUAUGAUGUUGGGUUGCCCUCCCAAUCCCCAUACAUGAACAUGUUCCCAGUACUUCAUCUCGUUGAGGACCUGAAGCUGUCAUUGGAGAUGCUGGGAGAUCCUCAGGAAAGAGAAGCCCUCCGGGGUCAGAUCCCAGAGCCCACUGCAGCCUACAUAAAAGAGUGGCUUCAGGGAAAUUUGUCCCAGGUAAACCACCCAGCUGCAGUUACAAAUGAAACCUACCAGGAACGCUUGGCCAGAUUAGAAGGUGACAAGGAAUCUCUUAUGUUACAGGUGAGUGUCCUGACUGACCAGGUGGAGGUCCAGGGUGAGAAGAUCCGGGACUUAGAAAUCUGCCUGGAAGGGCACCAGGUGAAACUCAAUGCUGCUGAAGAGAUGCUUCAACAGGAAUUGUUGAGCCGUACGUCUCUCGAGGCACAGAAACUGGAGCUGACGGCGGAGGUUUCCGAGCUGAAGCUCCGGCUGGUUGGCAUGGAAAGGGAACAGAGGGAGCAGGAGGAGAAGCAGAGGAAAGCUGAGUUAGUAGUGAAUCUGAUCAGUGAUCUACAGGAGCAGAUGUGUAGACUACAGCUGGAAAUCAGUAGCCAAAUUCAAGAGAGAAUGUUGCAGGACAGGGACCACAUGGAUGAAUGUAGCCCUCAGGAGAGCCCCCAGGCCAGCAACCCCGAUGGCUUGCCUGAAUUGCUACAGGAGCUCAAGCAUCUCAAAAUCAAAGUGGAGGAGCUGGAGAGUGAGCGAAAUCAGUAUGAAUGGAAGCUGAAAGCAACAAAGGCUGAGAUCGCCCAGCUGCAAGAGCGGUUGGCAUUGAAGGAUGCAGAAAUGGAACGCCUCCACAGCCAGCUCUCCAGGACCGUGGCCUGCGCGGAAAGCACAGAAAGAGAGGGAGUUUGUAAGAGAAGGCUAAAGGAAAAAUAUCAAGAAGUUCAACGUCUAAAAAUAGGAAUGGAAACCUUACUUGUUGCAAAUGAAGAAAAGGACCGCAGGAUAGAGGAGCUCACGUUGUUACUGAGCCAGUACCGAAGGGUAAAGGAGAUCAUGCUGGGAGGUCACGGCUCUUCAGAGAGAAUCCUUUCCAGUGGGGAAGAAGAAAUGGAAGGAUCUUUCCGGAAGUGGAAUGUGGUGAACAAAUCCCCAGGAGAAACAAUGAAACUAGAGGUAUCUCCGAGGUGUGCUUCCCCUACCUUGGGAGCUCCUCCCCUGCCUCAGAAAACCCUGGAAACAAGUGGAAGCAUCCUGGAUACCAGCAAUGGCCAGAUUUCCCACUGUGAGGAAGAUUCUCUGGAAUCACAGAGCAGGACUCAGGAAAAACUGUUCAAUAGCCUGGAAGACCUGCAAAGUAGCUCUGUGGAAAAGUGUGUAGACGGGAAACCACUUGCGCCUGUUGUUGGAGCUGAGGACACUCUUUUCCUAGGGGAGAACAAAUACCAAACACUACCAGGGAAACUUCCGGGAACUACACACAAUGGAGAGCCUGGAACGUCCAUCCCACCCACUUCUCAGACCUCCGGGAGCAGCCUGCCAAGCCUGAGAGAAACUGAGAGCAAUUUGGAUAAUACUGUCACAUCAAAUGACCUUUCACCUACUUCUUCUGGAACCGACUCGGGGCCCCAGUCUCCACUAACUCCAGAAAUGAAACGGAGUCCUAAAGGCAUCAGGAAAUUCUGGGGAAAAAUAAGAAGAACUCAAUCAGGAAAUUUCAACACAGAUGCAAUAGGGAUAGCAGAAUUCCGCCGAGGUGGGCUCCGGGCAACCGCAGGACCGAGGCUGUCCAGAACCAGAGACCCCAAAGCUCAGAAGAGUGAUUCCAACGCUCCUUUUGCCCAGUGGAACACGGAGCAAGUGUGUUCCUGGCUGGAGGACUUUGGUCUGGGUCAGUAUGUGAUCUUUGCCAGGCAGUGGGUGAGCUCUGGCCACACACUAUUGACUGCUACCCCUCAAGACAUGGAAAAGGAACUAGGAAUUAAGCAUCCCCUGCACAGAAAAAAAUUAGUUUUGGCUGUGAAGUCAAUUAACACAAAGCAGGAGGAGAAGUCUGCACAACUGGACCACAUUUGGGUAACCCGGUGGCUUGACGAUAUUGGCUUGCCUCAAUACAAAGACCAGUUCCAUGAAUCCAGGGUUGACGGGCGGAUGCUUCAAUACUUAACUGUGAAUGACCUUCUCUUCUUAAAAGUCACCAGCCAGCUGCAUCAUCUCAGCAUCAAAUGUGCCAUCCACGUGCUCCAUGUCAACAAAUUCAAUCCUCAUUGCCUACACAGGAGACCCGCCGAUGAGAGUAAUGUUUCUCCUUCUGAAGUGGUACAGUGGUCCAACCACCGAGUGAUGGAAUGGCUGAGGUCAGUAGACCUGGCUGAAUACGCACCAAACCUUCGAGGAAGCGGAGUUCAUGGUGGUCUCAUUAUCCUAGAGCCCCGCUUCAGUGGGGACACACUAGCCAUGCUUCUGAACAUUCCUCCUCAGAAGACACUUCUCCGACGCCAUUUAACCACCAACUUCAAUGUCCUUGUUGGGCCUGUGGCCCAGCAAGAAAAGAGAGAUAUAAUGGCAUCCCCAGCCUAUACACCACUGACUACUACUGCCAAAGUCCGGCCAAAGAAACUAGGAUUUUCACACUUCGGAAAUAUGAGAAAAAAGAAAUUUGAUGAAUCGACAGACUACAUAUGCCCCACAGAGCCAUGUGAAAGUGUGAAUGGCAAUCACAAGGCUUACGGUAGCCACAGCCACCGAGGCCUUCCCCCCAGUCCUGGGGAGGAACUGGACAAACUGGAUCAGGUGGGAUACGUCAACUGAUGCAACUGUCAUCUCAGCAUCUCUAUUCGAAUCCUAGAGCUUGCAAAUAACACUGUGUUACCUGCCAUAUAACCUCCAGCCUCAUAUGCAUGAACUCACCAAGAAAAACCAGGCUUUCAAAACCCAGAAGCAUUUGAUUUUGACACCAAAUAGGCCAGGCAACUGGUUGUGUUUUGUUGUUUUGUUUUGUUUUUUUCUUUUUAAGUCAGUACUUCUCCUGUCUCAGCCUCUCUGUGCAUCAGUGCCUUUCUUGAGGACAGGCUGUUAAGACUGUUACUAGAGGCUAAGAAUGGAAGGAAAAUGGUUUUAAGAAUAAUGGUUUUUUAAAUGAUUCUUAAUGCCCAUACCCUGCAGAGUCUGCACAAACAUAAACACUAUUUUCAUUUUAAGAUGUAUUUAAGUACUAUGAACAUAAAUAUAAAUAAAUGUAUAAGA